AUGGAUAAUCUAUGGAGUCGCCGUGCCAACUCGAGCAAGCUCUCUUUAGCAACAGGUUCCGGCCAGGACAGCCCGUCGGGACGCAACACCACUUCCUCGUCUUCCUUCAAGCGAUUUGGCGGUGAUAGCACUUCGCUGGGGAAGUCCUCUUUCAACUCCGUCACAACACCAGGCGCCAACUUGGCCUCCCCGAUCGGUGCGGCCUCUGGCGCCUUCGGCCUCGGCUCGGGCGCGUUCGCCUCCUUCGGCUCGGCCAAGACCCCCAAGUCGCCCGGAAACCCCUUCGAGGCAGCCCUAGGCGCCGCUGCCACCGCAAAGACCCCGACCGCCGAGAAAUCUGCAAAGGAGGGGGCUUUUGGCGGCGGAAGCAGGGCGGUUAGCAAGACUGCCUCGCUAACCUCGCUGGAAGAAGGGGGCCAAGCGUUGCACCAGCCGGCCGAGCCGUCAACCCACCAGCUGCGCAACAGCUGGGUGUUCUGGUUCCGCCCACCCAUCUCCAAGGCGAAUGGGUUUAUCGAGUACGAGAAGACGCUGCACCCGAUCGCCACGAUCGACUCGGUUGAGGACUUCUUCGCAGUAUACCAGCACCUGAAGCGGCCAUCAGCGCUUCCGCUGGUGUCGGACUACCACCUCUUCAGGCAGGGCAUCCGGCCAAUAUGGGAGGAUGAGGAGAACAAGAACGGCGGGAAGUGGGUGGUGCGUUUGAGAAAGGGGGUCGCGGAUCGGUAUUGGGAGGACCUGCUGUUUGCCAUCAUUGGCGACCAGUUCGGCGAAGCCAGCGAGGAGGUGUGCGGCGUCGUCCUGAGUGUCAGGAAUGGCGAGGACAUCCUCAGUAUCUGGGCUCGUGCGAAUGGACAGCGGGUCCUCAAGAUUCGUGAAACGAUGCGGCGCGUCCUCGCCUUCCCCCCCGAUACCAAGCUCGAGUGGAAGAGCCACGAUUCGAGCAUCCAGCAGCGCACCGCCAUCGAGGAGUCGCGACGAGAAAAGGCGAGCCAUCACCACGACAAACGGUCCAAUAAACAGCACCAACAGCAGCACCAAUCGUCACAGCAGCAGUAUGACGACGAGCAGCAGCAGCAGACUAACCCCAGCAACCCAUAA